AUGAAGCGCGCCACCACGCUCCCUGUACACCCGCCCUCCCUCUGCGCCGCUCCUCGUGCGCACCUCUUCACAGGCCCACGGCCCAUCUCGGUCUCGAGCUCCAGCUCCAGCUCCAGCUCACAUGUCCAUCCGUGUUCAUGUGCACGCACGGGCCUGACCCGCAGCCAUGCCCGACAGCUGAGCCACUCCGCACGACUGAGGAAGGACGAGCCGUCGUCGUCGGGGGGCGCCUCGCCGUUCAGCUUCCGCGGCAUGCCCGCGCCGCCGCGGCUGCCCAAGGAGGAGCAGGAGAUCUUCGAGGCGCUGCAGCGGCAGUCGACCGGGGCGUUCUCGACGCCGCGCACAGAGCGGACUCCACCGCGGAUCAACCAGUCGCCCGACUCGUCGGCGUCGGAGAGAGACGAUGCGCAAGCCAUGAUUAGCCAGCGCGUGUACAGGAUAGCCUCCAGCGUCGUUGACGACGGAGGUGUCGAGGGCCACACGGCACCACAGGACUCGUAUGACCACGUGAUCGACGCGAGUGGUGCGGGAGAGGAAUUACACCCGAACUUGGUGCGAGGGGCGCAGCCUGAGUUCGAGGGGGAGAGGAACCCGAAGACGGGCGAGAUUGGGGGUCCCAAGAACGAGCCGCUAAGAUGGGGGCCUAGUGGAGAGUGGACAUACAAUGGGAGGGCGACGGAUUUUUAA